AUGCAGACAAGUCCGACGCUCUGGGAUGCCUCGGUCGGUGAAAUGGGCGCCGGUUUCCCCGUCGGCGGCUUUAAGGACAAAAGAGCCCCACCCAGUCGACAACCAGACUGGCGGGUCGUAGUACACGGCCUUCUCCGAGUCCUGCUGACGCAGCAGAAGAGCCUCAGGCUCGGACUGGUAAGUGUUCUCAUCCUCCUCCUCUCCCUUCAUCGCCAACUGGUACGUGGGCACCUGAGGCGCGUAGGCGGGAUGCAAAUACUGCAGCAAUUGAUGCUGCUGCUGCAUCCAUCUAUUCAAUCAUCCGUCAACCGGUCGGGCUUGGUCCGGCAGACGGUCGGUCUCCUCUCCGCAUGGGAGUUCUGGUCGUACUGCACAAUGGGCUCAUCAACCUGCUUCAGACUCUCCAUGCAGACGAGUCCGCCGCUUUGGGAAGCCUCGGCCGGCGAAAUGGGUGCCGGGCUCCAGGACGCCGGUGGGCCCGUCGGCGGCUUUAAGGACAAAAGAGCCCCACACAGUCGACAACUAGACGGACGUGUCGUAGCACACAGCCUCCUCCGAGUCCUCGUGACACAGCAGUAA